UCUUCUCAAUGCUGUGGAACGCUCUGUUCACUUGCAUGGGCCAUUCCGACUUCCGGUGGUGAAUUAUCUUUUACUUCAGGGCUUAAAGUAUUUUUUAAAGUUGUUAAAUAAACUAACAUCAUUACACGGUUACAUAAAAUAACCUAAUCAGCAAAGACAAUGGUUUUAUAGCCAUAAUUUAAACGGCAUGCUGGUUUCAGCGUCCAUAGCAACAAUCUACGGAGCCCCUCUGGUGACAUCUGGGAAAAUAAAUAAAUCUGUUUGCCCGAUUUAGUGACCCGUUUUCCCUACUUAAUCAUCUGUUUUCCUGAUUUAGUGAUCUGUUUGCAUGUCUUACUAAUCUGUGGCCACAAUUUAAUAAAUUGCGGGAACAAGAUAAUUAAUUUGUGGCCACAAUUUAAUAAUUUGUGGGAACAAGAUAAUUCUUUUGUAGCUGUUAAAGUAUUUCGGCAUGGUAACUAUGAAGUAAAAGGGGGGAAUUGUAUCCAACACGCGUGGAGGAAAAUACCACAGAGCUAUCUCCCGGCUCUCAACGGGGCUGCCAUAUGUUUCUGACCUCAAAUCUGACUCCCGCGCUGGAUUGUAUCAAGUAGGCGUGGCCUAUGUGACGUAGGCGUGGCAUGUGUGACGCAUUGGCUCCGCCCUCCGCACCUGUCUAAAGGUGCUGCCAUCUGUGGCUGUAGUAGUAGUUAUUGCAGCUUGUGUGUUCAAUCUUGCUUCCUAGUGGCUAUGUAGGGGUAAUGCAGCUUGUGUGUUCGAUCCUGCUUCCUAGUGGCUAUGUGGGGGCAGCUUAUGUGCUUAAAAUACAUAACAGAAACCAUAUGAGAGAAGAAAUUACUAUAUACGCCAAAAAAUGAGACAGAUGGCCAGACUAUUGAUAAUGGCAAAAGCUAUAACAACUUUGAAGAGCACCGAAGACCUUGUUAUGCCCUGUAACUUUCCGCAUGUGAUACAGGCAGUUAGAUCUGUUGCUGGUUAUGAUGUCGAAAGCAACUCGUAUAAAAUCCCAUCAUUGGCUUUGAAAUUGGGACACAGUUUAGCCAAAGUUGCAGGCAUUGUGCAAUGCAAUGCCAUCAUUGCAAAUCGCCCUGCCGUUGCAGAGUCUGCAAAGCAAUUUGCCACUCUACAUCAGAAAAAGAGGACAAAGUCCAUUUCUGCUGCCCCAUUCCGAAACCUUCAACAAGCCAAACGGAAUAAACCAGAGGUUUUACCCUUUACAGAGGAUGUGUCGGUGCUGCACAAGUUUCUUGCGACUGAGCGUGUUAAGCGCUUUGGAAAUCUUGCUAAAGUGACUUUGACGCAGGUAGUACUAUUUAACAGAAGGCGGGAAGGUGAAGUUUAAAAAAUGGAGCUUCAGACUUUCACAUCCAGGUAUCUUACAGAGCUGAAUCCAGACAUUGUGAGGGGCCUUACUGACUUUGAGAGGAAGCUUGCAAAGCACUUUGAGAGAGUUGAGAUUUGAGGUAAAAGGUCAAGAAAGGUUCCAGUGCUUCUAACAACUGACAUGAUCGCUGCUAUGGACCUCCUCAUGAAAAGCAGGAAAGAGUGUCAAGUCCACAAAGAAAAUGUGUUCAUGUUUGCACAGCCAGGUGUCCUUUCCCAUUACAGAGGCUUUGACUGCUUUCGUAAGUAUGCAAAGCAAUGUGGUGCAAAUAACCCAGAGGCACUCACCUCAACAAGAUUGUGGAAACAAGUGGCCACUUUGUCCAAACUACUAAAUCUGAAAGAAAAAGAAAUGGAUCAACUUGCCACCUUUCUAGGACAUAACAUCCGUGUCCAUAGAGAAUUCUAUCGGCUUCCAGAGAGUACCCUUCAGCUUGCAAAAGUCAGCAAACUCUUGAUAUCAAUCGAAAAAGGUAGACUGCCUUACCUGCUGGGGAAAGGGCUUGAUGACAUUGAGAUGAAGUAGAAAUGAGUGAUGAUUCCAGCGAAGAAAACGUUGCUGACCUACAUCAAUGCAAAGUGAAUAAUACAAGCAAGCAAACGUAUCUUCAGAAAGCUCAUAGAACAACAUCACAAUCAUUAUUACUUUGCAAAGGCUCAAGAACUGAGACUGCUAGGGACCAGACACUUCUGAGGCACACUCCUGAAUCAACCACCCUGGACAACAUGGAGGGCACUUCCGAGUCAACCACCCUGGACAACAUGGAGGGCACUUCCAAGUCAACCACCCUGGACAACAUGGAGGGCACACCUGAGUCAACCACCUUGGAUAACGUAAACAUGAGCAACACACAACCAAGACAUGGUAAAAUAGUCACAUCCCAAGCUUCUUCAAAGUGCUCCAAAAGAAAGCAAGGAAAGCUGUGAAGGUGAGAAGCAAGUGGACAGGUGAGGAAGUGAAAGCUGUUGAGCGGCAUUUGCUUAACUUCAUGACAAGCUGCAGAAUACCUGGUAAAAAGGACUGUGACUCCUGCCUCCAGGCAGAGCCAGUAGCUCUGAAAGACAGAGACUGGGUUGCCAUCAAGUACUACGUACACAACAGAAACGUAAUAGUCACUCUCCCGUCAUUUCUAAGGCUCCUUGGUCUUGUCUAUCUCCUGCACCUCUGUUGGGUUCAUCCAGAAGUAUGACAUCUGAGUCCUGUAGGAAGUUUAGGUCAAACGUGUUGACUUCUGGUUCUGUUUCUGGGACUGAAUAUAUAUUGUGUCCAGCAUUUCCUGUGACCUCUGAUGUUGUUGCUUCUUCAUCUUUGCUAUGAUCAUGAUUCUUAGUGUACAGAUACAGUCUCAAGAGCUUGACUUUGUUUUUCUCACACAAGUCAUCCACGGUGCAAUUUUGAUUUACUUCGCCUUGUGAGAAAUCAAGAAUGCUGCGAUGAUCACUUUCCAGCAUUAGUGACUUGCAGAAAUCGUUUGGAAAGAAAAGGGAUUCUGCCAAUAGUUGAAUUUCGCUGACUUUAGUGUAUCCGUCUACACUGACAUGUCUGGUUCCACCUCCCUUCACAGCCCUCACUUGUUUGAAUUCAUUUUCGAUUUUGUUGAAGUUCAUCCAUCCAAUUUCAACCCUCUUUAAUGGUCUUUUUGCAUUUUUAGAUCCCUGCAUUUUCUCAGAAGUCCCCAUAAUUUUGACUCCCCUGCUAUCCGUGGCAGAAGACUUUGCCCUUUCUCCCCCCCCCCCCCCCCAUUAAUGACACAUUUUAAAGCUAAAUGAUUUAACUAUUUAACCACAGGAGAAAGAAGGAGAAAGAAAUAAAACUUCAAGUCUCCAACUACAAGUGUUAUUUUGCACAAGCAAAAGAAAAAGCACACAUUGAUAAUGAUUUAUUUUAAUAUGUUUCUUGUUUUUGUAAUGAACUAGUUAAGUAAACAAGUUCUGCAUUAUAGAUAGAAACACAUCAGAUAACCAACCCUCCCGACCAUAUCACAAUACAAUAGGCCUAGAUUAAAAUGGAAUACAAUCAGGCAAUAUAAGGGGCAGCUGUGACUGUUAAGGAACUCUUGUAACAUUCUACAUGGACCAAUUAUCAGAGCAUUCCACCCCUUCUUUAUAGGUCCAUGGCUGUUUCCCAAUGUGAAGGCUGCAGCCUUGCUAGGACGCGUCCUUGCUAGUCGCGUCCUAUGGAGAUGAGACUAGUGCUAGCUCGAGUGCUUCCUAGCGUUUGUAACGUUCAGACUUUGGAAUGACUGGCUAGUGUGGAAGCGCUUCCGCUGUGUAAACACAUGUGCACUUCUGAAUAAAACAUGGAAGCAAUGAAGCUGAUCAAUAUUUAUUUGCUGUGGUGUGAGCUGGAGGAGGACUCCGAACGACUUUAUUGGCGGAGGGUUGAACGAAGGAUGACGAUUGCUCUAUUGUCGGAGUCUGCCAUCAGAAUGUCGAGGCCAUGCAUUACUGCCAAAACAAAGCCACCGUGCCAGUGCUGCAGCGCUUCUUCCAGGGAGAGGACACCCGCCCUGAUUUCAGGCUUAGCCGGGAGGCUAUCUAGGUCCUCCAAACGGAGCGACGGAUCGAAUGGUGCACAGAAUUGCGGAGGAGGUUGUAGCUGUCCGGGGCAGUUUCAUCAAGCUGCCAUCAAAUUAUGAGGAGGUCAAGGCCAUGGGUGAAGGGUUUGCCCUGCUGGCAGGGCACCCUGCUUUCGCUAAAGCAGCUGGGGCCAUCGACGGAUCCCACAUCUGAAUUAAAUGUCCUUGCGGCCCUGAUGGUCAAGACUUCGUGAACAGGAAGCUGUAUCCAUCCAUGGUGCUGCAGGCAGUCUGUGACCAUCAGGGUCGCUUCAUUGACACCUUCGUGGGCUUCCCAGGAAGCGUGCAUGAAGCACGCAUCCUGCGAAAUAGUUCAAUUUACCUGGCUGGCAAUUACCCUCCACCAGGCCAUUUCAUCUGGGGUGAUGGUGGCUAUCCAUGCCUUACACAGCCGAUGGCCCUUAUCAGCGGCCACUCAGAGGCAUGGCAGAGCAAAGGUUUAAAGGGCAACUUCACCCAUUUCACAUAAGCUUUGUAUUUUUAGAACCCCCCUCAUAUUUUUGAAUGGUCUAGCAUCAUUCCCUUAUUUUCUGGAGAGACUGGAGAGAUCCGUAUCGAUCUCCAACACUUCCUGUUUUCAAUGACGCAAUAUGACGAUUUUUGCGUACAAGAAAAUAGGAAGUGUAAGAGGGGAUGAUUCUCGUAACACCGAGAUUCCACCGGACGCGUUACGGCAGCGUUACGGCAGCGGCACGUCUUGGGCGCGACUUUGCCCUGCUUGCAUUUCCACCGGGCGCGUUACGGCAGCGCAGCGGCAGCCGUAUUCACGCAAGAUCACGAGAUCCCGCGAUAAUCCGGAACGUACGCGAGACCGCGAGAUCCCGUGAAAUACCGCGUGUAACGGUACAGCAGAGCCCGUCUCAUAUUAGACAUUCUCUGGUAACAGCUGACUUUGCUUCUCCGACGCUGAAAACUUGAUCUGGCCAUCUAUCCUCAAUUUUCUGCUUCUACCAUGGGUAAGUUUGCUACUCAGUUUCUAUAUUCACCUGGUUGUACUUUUUUAAUCGUAGUUUCAUUAUUUCAUACUUUGUUGUGCUGUACUGAAACUAAUUACAUAGUUAAUGCUGUUAAAAGUCCAGCUAUAAAUGAUUAAAUACAUGAUUUGUUGCUUUUUGUUUAUAAAAACAAUAAGUUUCAUUCAUGAUAAUUAUCAUGAUAAUUAUUUCAUAUGUAUUGUUCACAUAUAGUGCCUUGCAGAAGAAGAACCCUUGCAUUCGUCCUCCUACUUGAAGGACUGCAGAGGAGGGGUAGAGGGAGAAGGAGCCGAUUCUGGGUUCAUCCCCUCAACCAGAAAAGAAGAGAACAAGGCGAUUUUCACAAUCUGGUGGCUGAACUGAGGCUGGACAGUCAACGCCACCAUCAGUAUUUCCGAAUGAGUGCAGAGCAAAUGGACGAACUUCUAUCCUUCAUCGGCCCUGAAGUGACCAGGCAAACCACUAACUACAGAUCUGCCAUAGAACCCAAGCAGAGACUGGCUGUGGCACUAAGGUACAUGGCUUCUGGAGAUUCCCUUGUGAAUCUGGCAUAUAGCUACCGCCUGGGGCACACUACAGUCAGGAACUCAGUCCACAUGGUGUGUGCUGCCAUCGAAAAAACGAUGAUGGAGAGGUUCCUACCCAGGCCAACACAAGAGACAUGGGAGGAAGUGGCUCAAGGCUUCUGGGACAAGUGGAAUUUUCCAAACUGCCUGGGAGCAAUAGAUGGGAAGCAUGUGACCAUCCAAGCCCCAGCACUGAGUGGGAGUCAGUAUUUUAAUUAUAAGAAAACGUUCUCGAUAGUGCUUUUGGCACUUGUGGACUCGAACUACAGGUUCAGGGUCAUUCAAGUGGGGGACUUCGGAAGGUCCAGUGAUGGCGGCGUAUAUGCUGGGUCGGCUCUCGGAAGAGGAAUGGAGACCAAAACCCUUCAUGUCCCACCCAGUACCUCUCUGCCUGGCGCUGCUCACUUGGGUGAUGUGCCACAUGUCAUGGUGGGUGAUGCAGCCUUCCCACUGAAGCCGUAUCUAAUGAGGCCAUACCCCGGACAUCACCUCACUCACAAUAAGAGGGUAUUUAACUACCGACUUUCAAGGGCAAGGAUGGUGGUUGAGAAUGCUUUUGGCAUUCUCUCCUCCAGGUGGAGAAUCUUGCAUCGCAGGAUCAACCUGCACCCACAAAAUGUGGACACCCUUGUUUUGGCUGCAUGCAUUCUCCAUAACUUCCUGCUCGCCCCGAGAGAGAAUGUGAGGUUGCUGGAGGAGGCAGAGCAACAGGGGAGAAACCUGCCAGCAGUACGCAACAUGGGAGGAAACAGAGCCUCGAGAGAGGCCUGUAAUAUCAGGGAGAUCUUCUGCACCUAUUUCAACUCCCCACAAGGCAGUGUGUCUUGGCAGGACAGGAUGGUGUGAAAGUUCUGCAAAAAGUGUGGAAAUGUAUAUAUUUGUAAAUAGAUGUUUUUUUGGUUAUUCAAGGCAAGGCAACUUUAUUUGUAUAGCACUUUUCAUACACAAGGCAGACUCAAAGUGCUUCACAUAUAAACAUUGUCAUACAAUAAAAUAAAAUAAUAGGUAAGUAAAAGAAAAACAUGCAAAAAAUAGAAAGUUAAAAAAGCUUUUUUAGAAAGUGCAAUGUAUUUAGAUGUUUUUUUUUACAUGCUCAUGCUUUAUUGUUCUAUUCUAAAGAUGUCAUCAAUCAUUGUGAAUAAAACAUUUCAAAAUGAGUCCGCUGUUCUUUUCAUCUUCAACUCUCCUGAAAGUUCACACACUUCCCUCACAGCUAACUAUAUGAUCAGUAUUUAACACUGGGUAGUUACAUUUUCAAUAGGUAGUUAUAAUAGUAUUACAUAUUUGUAUACACCUAUAAUACGAUAUAUUGAUGCACUUCUUAUGACAAAUGUACUUAUUGUAAGUCACUUUGGAUAAAAGCGUCUGCUAAAUACCCUACAUGUAAAUGUAAUACCAUAGCUGUGUGAAAUAUUUUGUAAUGUAGGCUAUCUUUUCUUCCAGAAAGUACAAAAGUUUUAAAGUUAUUCAGUCAAGUACUUCCAAAGAAAACUAAUAUUUAAAGUAAUUGAAAAUGUUCUGUAACUUUGCACUGAUCAGGACAUAUUUUACAGAUACACAAAGGUAGAUUUUGUACAGUUCAUUUAAAGUCACAUUUUCAUAAUCUUAAUCAGAAUCAAAGCUUUAUUUGGCAAAUACAUUUUCACGUGAGGAAUUUGUCUUGGUCUUCAGCGUGCACGAUAUUUACAAACACUAAACAGUAAACAAUAAAGCAGUACUUUGUACUCACCAUCCAUUCCCAAAACGACUCCAAUUAAAUUCCACGCUUUGUCCUUCCGGCCAUUGUCCUUAUAAAAAGGAUGUGUGGUUGCAUAAAUGAUUUCGUGCCGCUGAACUUCAACAAUGAGCCUCUCGUCGUCCAUCUUGCCGACCCUCUGAGACCGUUUGAUUGAUUGCUUUAUAAUAUGUCCAUGAUUGAUUGACUGCUGACCUGGUGCCACCGGUCAUGACGUAAUAAUGUUGAUGUGAAGUUACAUGAGCUGAGUAUUGUGUUUUAUUUAGAAAAUUGCCCGGAUGCUCUAUGGCUUUUACUUUUUCACUUCCUGCCCUGAUCGAUCUGCUCUGUUGAAAUUGACGCGGUUCAGCAGCGGCUCGCGGCAAAAAUAGGAAUGCUACGGAAUGAUAGCGCUGCGGCGCGGCACGCCGCUCCUGGGACGCUGCUGAGACGUUCGGCAGCCGCGCCCGGUGGAAAUGGUCUCAUUGAUUAGAGUGGAACCUAUCUGUUGCGGUGACCGCGGCCAAGACGUGCCGCUGCCGUAACGUUGCCGUAACGCGUCCGGUGUAAUCAGGCCGUAAGACUACAACCACUAGUGGGCACUAGUGGGUCCCACCCCCUAGAGGGGGGUGGGACCCACUGACGCUACAGACCUAUUAGAGCAGUGCCAGUGGGUGGGACUUCACCAGCAGAAACUAACAACCACAGCGUCUGAAGCUAAGAUAACAGAGGCUGUUGAUAAAACUGAAGUACAUUGGCGGAGGGUACUGGAUCUGACGUAGAAGAUGGCUCCAUGCAAAAGUUCACCAUUUCGAAAGAAAUACAAACGAGGACUACCGUUUUUUCCGCAUUAUAAGGCACACCGGAUUAUAAGGCGCACCUUUAAUGAAUGGCCUAUUUUAGAACUGUUUUCAUAUAUAGGGCGCACCGGAUUAUAAGGCGCAUAGAAUAGAAGAUACUGCAGUCAAACGUUUGACUGGGGUUGCGUUAUGCAUCGACUAGACCGAGCUGUGCUAAAGGGAAUGUCAACAAAACAGUCAGAUAAAGUCAAACUUUAUUAAGCGUUCUGACAACUCCGGUCACUCCCAUGGUAACGAUGUUCAAACGUUAAUGUGCAUAUUAACAAUAUCUCAUCAAUAUCUGAUCAAUAUCAAUAUCUCUUAACAAUAAGCUCACUUUUCAGUUCAUUCCCCGUCUACGAAUCCCUCAAAUUCUUGUGUGUCCGAAUUGAACAGUUGGGCGAGUACGGCAUCCAACAUGCCCGGAUCCCUCUCGUCAUUAUCCGAGUCAGUGUCGCUGCUGUUGCCUGGCAGUUCAGUGAUUAUUCCUGCCUUCGUGAAAGCUUGGACCACAGUUGAGAUUGUUAUAUCAGCCCAGGCAUCCACGAUCCAUUGGCAGAUGGUGGCGUAAGUCGCCUGGCGCUGUCUUGGUGACUGGGUGACGUGAUGUUCGCCUUCUUGGCCCCGUCCACACGAAGCCGAUUUUUUGGGUGAAACCGCAUAAUGCUACGGCCACACCAAACGUGUGUAACGUGCCUAACUUGACGCUUGAUCAUUGUGUGUCACAAAAAUGGUUCAACGCGCCAACGCGCCUGUGGCUGCGCUGGAUUUAGGAGUCGGAGGUAGGAAACCCAAACGCCGCCGUGUUUGGGUGCAUGAUAGAGUUUAGAUCGGGUUAGAUUAAAUAAUCUCGGAUAUAAAUAACAAUAAUCGGGUUAAAUAACUUCACAUGGUGUGUCUGGUGUGUUUCCAGCAUUCGUAGUGUUGAUCAGCAGAUAGUCCGCCAAGACGUUGAGGUUGCUUAGCAACCAGAGACGCUGUCCAUGCAAGUGAAUGGAGCGUUCCCUCUUCGUCAUAACUAUCAAACCAAACAUCCUUCACAUUCAACGAGCGAACAUGAUGAAAGUAUAAUGCACAUUUCUCACUAAAAAUGUUUACAUAAACGCAUUUAAUGGCGUAACUAUGUUACUAUUUCCACCCAGAAUAAAGAAAGAUGUCGGCCGUAUGCUUCUGUGCAAGCGUCACUACUCUCUGCCAGUGACGUCGGGUCAAGCUCCACGCUGAUUUGUUCCAUUAGUAGAUGGAACAAGGAGGUGUCCGAUAGGCGGAGAUGAUCAGCGGGAGUGGCCGCCAGCGAAGCUGUGCAUGGUGGGAGUUGUUGUCUUCAAUCCACAAGCGCCAAAAAGUCACUUUCUGCCUUUUCUCGGUCAAGACGGCACCAAAUUAGAAUUUUAUUUUAUUAUUCGACUACAUAUAGGACCCAAUUUCAAUACAUAUUCAUGCCUCCACCGGUGAAAUGCUCCUUUAACACUCAUCACUCUCGGGACCGCUCAAUUGUUGAGCGUGCCUUUGGGAUGAUGAAAACCCGCUUCAGGUGCAUCUUUUUAGAGGCACUUGAAGUACAUAUUGAGUUUGUUCCAAAGGUAUAUGUAAUUCCAUAAUUAUCCAUAUGUGUCUGUUUAACUUUCUUAUUGUACCUUAUAAUUGUAAAAAAACUUUAAUGGAUUAACCUAAUUAUUACACCUUAAUUUACAUUAACAUUCCUGUUAGUCUCUCUAAACCUUUUACUUGUGCAGGUGGUGACUGCGUAUGCAGUACUGUACAACAUUUGCGUUGGUGUGGGCGAUGACCUCCCAGUGGAGGAUGGGGCCAUGGAGGGAGAUGACCCUCCUCCUGAAGGAGAAUGUGGCACGGAGUCACAGAGUGGAGCUCCUUGGCGUGCGGCCCUGGCCAAUUAUGCAGGGGAAAAAAGACAAAGAAAGUGUUGAUAAACAUGUAUUUAUUUUUAUCGAUAAUAUCUGAUCUCAUACAUGCAUACAUUACAUCCAUACCAUCCUUCAUUCAUUCACCCCUCUCAACCAAACGCUCAAGGAGAGAAGAAACGGUCAAACCGCUCCCUUGACUCCACCUCUCUCCUCUCAUCCGCCUGCCGCUGAUGUAGAAUAUCCUCCCUCACCAGAAGCAGGAAGGGAUCCUCCCUCCCUCAUCUCCCUGCUCCGGCCCCUGCUGCGCCCACUGCAACUGCCCCCGAUGUGAUGACUCUUAGCAAAAUGCGUCGUCCUAAUUUUUGAUACAUUAUUAUUUCAACUAUAGGUUAUAAUCACAGAAGAAAAUUUUAAUAAAAUGGCGGGCGAAGAGGAAGAACUGUGCGAGCAAAUACGAUUAUAUAAGCAUUUAUAUGAUACUUCUUCACUAUUACAUUCCAACAAGAUUGCUUUGGAGAAUGCAUGGAGGGAGGUUGCAAGUGCAAUGGGAAAAUCUGUUGUUAAAGUGAAAACGAACUGGAAAGCUGUCCGGGACAAAUACGGAAGAGCGCAUAAAAAGUGGGAGGUAGCGUGCAGUAGUGGUGCAGGGCAAAUAACGUUCGGCUAUCCAAAAGUCGUGACCCAACUUAGCUGGUUGAGCGAGUUCAUCAGGCACAUGUUAACAGAGUCUAAUUUUCCGGUAUGUAGGCAUGAUCAACGUGUGUGUGUGUGUGUGUGUGUGGAGAGAAAGAGAGAGACUAUGUUUUCAAUGUAUUUUGAAAUGGUAGGCUAUUCACUUGGUCAGGAUGUUUGAAAACAGGUGUCUUUCUGUAGGCAGGCAAGGGAGACGAUGAUGAGGAGGAGGAAAGGCCUAGGCCUAAUUUGCAGGUUUAUCAGGCAGAUCAGGCACCUCUGUCAACCCUCAACCCCGCCUCAUCCCUAUCCCAAUUUCAACUUCUAUCUAACCCUCUAACCUCUACCUCUUCCACAUCUCACCCUCCCACCACUCUGAUGGCUUCUACCUCUACCUCUUCCCUUCUUCCACCCCACCCUCCCACCACCCCGACUGCAGUGGCUUCGACAGUUUCUCAGUCAGUUACCCCACCAUCUCAU